AUGGAGGCCGUCACCAGAUUCUUCUCUUCCCCGCGCUUCGCCGUGGCGGGCGCCAGCAACGACCCCAGCAAAUUCGGCUACAAGAUUCUCGCAUGGUAUCACCAGCACUCGCUACCUGUGACCCCGCUGAAUCCGCGGGCACCGCAGAUCGCCUUCCCCUCGCGUGCAUACGACACCGUCCCCUCGCCGGUCAACCUGCCCUCGCCGACACAGACCUCGUUGUCGGUGGUGACUCCUCCGGCCGUGACCCUCAAGGUGCUGCAAGAAGCGCACUCUGUUGGUAUCCCUGCCGUCUGGCUGCAGCCCGGAACGUUCGAUGACCGAGUGCUGGAGUUUGCUCGGAGUCACUUCGACGCGGUGAUUGCGGGCGACGGCGGAGCGGGUGGCGAGGGAUGGUGCGUGCUGGUCGACGGCGACGAGGGAUUGGAGGCCGCGGGAGUGCAGUGGACCAGCCAGCGGCUGUGA